AUGGCUGGUGGGCAUAUGAAAUAUCGCCAUUUGGGCCGUAAAUCUUCGCACAGACAGGCCCUGCUGCGGAACCUGGUUACCAGUUUAUUCACGCAUGAGAGUAUAUCGACGACAUAUCCGAAAGCCAAGGAGGCGCAACGGCUGGCAGACAAGCUCAUUACGCUGGGGAAAAAAAAUACAGAAGCUAGCAGAAGGAGGGCUUUGAGCAUCUUCUACACACCACAUCAACUCCUCCCAAAGCUCUUUGGACCGCUUCGAGAACGAUAUGCGCAGAGACCAGGCGGCUAUACACGAGUGCUGCGAAUCGAGCCAUUGAAGCCAGACCAUGCCCCGUCCGCAAUUCUAGAGCUUGUAGAUGGGCCCAAGGAUAUGAGAUUUGCAAUGACUGCGAGGACGCUAGCAAGACAGAGGGCGGAGGGCCUAGAACAGAGUGAGAUGACAGCAAGGAAUGUCCAGAAAGUUACACGGUACAGGCCCGAGGGAGCCAAAGAUUUAGAGACCAUGGUGGAUAGAAUGGGCGGGUUGAAGGUGAAGGAGAGGAAUGAUUCCGCAAAUGAGGAAGCCAGAUGGGGCGGCACUGUGUAG